UAGGAAGAAUGCAAAAUGCGACUUACGAUGAAACCCUUUUGGACGCUCGCGGCAUUGCAAUUCCUCGUGGCGGGAGGAGACCCUACCUGUGGGCUGUGUCGGGAUUUGACGUAGAUGGCGAAGCUAUUAUGUAAGCUUAACAGAUGGCAACGCAGUAAAGCCGUAGCUGUUGCUCCGCUCCUGACAUUCCAGCGCUCGUCAACCGACAUUUGCCUGCGGCACUGCUUAUGACUACCGCAGAAGCGUCAUGGCAACGUGCUUUGACUCCACAGUGUGGUUCAGUCGCUGCUACGCAAGUGAGGUCGUCAAGCAACUCGCGGAGGACCUGGGUGCCGUACUCAGCGAUCGGGAGCUGCUGGCCUUCAUACAGGAGGCGCUGGAGCCCUCGUCCGCCGGCAGUGGCAGCACCACCACCUUAACCACCACCAUUUCUAGCAGCAGUGCCGCCCCUGUUGCCGCAAUCACCACCUCGGGAGCAGCACCCGCAGCACCCGCAGGUGCCGUAACUCGCCCUCCCAUUCCGCAAGCCUCGCUGCCAACGCAGGGCUCCUUACCAGCAGCAGCAGCAGCCACCCCCCCACAACUGGCGGCAGCACCUGCAACACCUGCAGCAGCCCCGCCAGCUGCCGACCCGCCGGCGCUGUGUUUGGAGCUGCCGGGUGGUGGCUGCAGCAGCAGCUGCUCCCCACCGGCAGCAGCAGCAGCAGGGGGGGUGGGAGACCCGGGAGCAGGGGCGGACGCCGCGGUGGCGGAUGCAGCCGCGGCUGCUGCUGGUGCUGCUGGCGCUGGGGGUGCUGGUGCUGGUGCUGCUGGCGGUGCUGGGGGUGCUCAUGUGACGGUGGUGCUGCCGCGGGCGCGGUUCGGGGGCAGCGAGGUGGCGGUCAGGCUGCCCCCCAGCGGCGCCAUGCAGCUGGUGGCGGGUCCGCAGGCGCAGCAGGCGUGCAUGGCCCUAGCCUGCAACCUGCACGCCCAGCUGCAGGAGCGCCAGCAGCAGCUGCAGCUCCUCUCCUCCCACCUAGCUCGAGCCUUGGAGGACAACGCGGUCCUAUCAUCACAGCUGGCCUCGGCAGCAGCAGCAGCGGGGGCGGCGGCCAACGGCGCCUCUGUGCGGGUGCAGUACGGGCUGGCGGGUGCGCCGCAGCCGCUGCCCAAGCGCUAUCGCACCGCCUCCGCGCCGCCUCCGCUGGUGCCGCUGUCGCAGCUACUGAUGCAGGCGCCGCUGCGGACGCUGUCACAGCAGCAGCAGGCGGCGGCGGCUGCGGCGGCGUCGCAAGGAGCUGGGGAGGGCGGAGGGCUGGGGUUGGGGCUGGGUGGGAGCAGGUCCCUGUCACAGGGGCUGCCCCAGCAGUCCCAGCAGCAGGUGCAGUCCCAGCAGCAGCAGCAGAUGCAGUUGUCGCUGUGUUCAGAGCGACAGCGGUCUCAGUGGCUGAGAAACGGAGGGGCCACUGGCGGUGGAGUGGGGAGCGGAGGUGGCGGGCUGCUGCUGCUGCCGCACCCUCUCAGCCAUGUAGCAGCAGCCGGCAUGCCAGGGUUCACACUAGCUCCCGCACCGGCACAGGUUGCAGCAGCAGCUGCUGCUGCUGUGGCAAUACCGCUGGUGUCGGCACCCGCCGCCCUGGGGGCUCAUGCCUCCGCACCAGCAGGGGCAGGAGCAGCAGCAGCAGGUGCAGGAGCAGGGGCAGCAGGUGCAGGGGCAGAAGGGGACGUGGUGGGCUCAGCCGGUAGAGGUACGGCACCUCCCACAAACGCGGCCGGUGCGGGGCAGGGCGCUUAUGCGGAAGCGGAGGGGCUUGGUCCGCCACGUGAGGGAGCUCUACGCGAGCGCGGCGAGGGGAACGGCGGUGGCCAGG